UCCAUACGUCACAGCGGUGAGUCUGGUGGCUAUUAAUACCAAAUAUCCUUUGUGUGUGACAGUAAACAACUAUUUUCUGACCAACGUCACUUACCAAGUUCUUGAUAUUAAACAUUCUUCCCAUUGUGAAGUUUCACUAGAAAAUACUUUUUUUUCAUUGACUUGAGAAAGUCUCUGUAUUUCUAUGUUUAAACAUUCUUCCCAUUGUGAAGUUUCACUAGAAAACACAUUUACUAGCAAGUCUAGCAAUUCGGAGAUUGAUCUCAACGUUAUCUCUUCUCUGUGCUCUGUAUUUCCCUUUUUUCAUUCCUCUGCUAUUUUCAAGCAGUUUAACUGAAAACUAAAGCGGUUGGCAUUCAGAAUCUUAUGCAGCUAGAGACUGUAUAGCGGUGGCAAUCAGGACCGGUUCUGAGCAAUGCUAUGUGAAACAUUUGCAACAGUCCUCCGAAAUUUUUGAAAAAAAUUACAUAGACAUAAGCCUCUAAAAAAUAUUUUUAGGCCCCUAAAUUGGUAAAAGAAAUUUUUUACAUAAAACAUUGUCACAGAUCCCCCAAAAUCUCAGAGCCGGCACUGGUGGCAAUGAAUUGGAUGAACAUCCAUUUUCUAAAUUUCAUCUUAAAAAGUUUAGGGACUUGUUUUAAGGAAAAAAAAAGUUUAGGGACUUGUCAAAUAAUAAUUUAAAUCGCCUAUGUAGAGCUAUCACCCCCGGGAACUCUUGAUGACGAAAGUAACCAGAACUUCAACUUCUUUUACUUAUGGGAUCUGAGUACAGAGCUCAUGAUAAUGGCUGCUUGUCCGGAAUCAUUUAUCAUUAGCUUAAAACAUUGAGAGUCAACUUUUAAGCUUUUUGCUGCCUUUUCAGUUCUUGUGAGGUCUAAGCUGUGCAUUCAUGAAGAAACCAACCAAAAGAAAUGUCUACUAGUCAUAUGAAUGAAAGUUGGAGAGGUUGUCUACACGAUCAAAAGUCAACGGCCCUUGACUAUUUCUCAGAUUUUCUUCGUGCGUCAUGGUGCUCGAGUCUAGUGGGUAUUAAAGCCAACUUGCUGCGUGGUUUGUUUGAUACAUUCUUUGUACUUAAAUAUACUAAAGCAAGUUGCAUAUUAUCUGAUCAGGAAACUAACUAUAUACAUAUACACAAUUUCAUGAUAGUGGUGUUUUGAAACAUUGUUACCCUUUAAAUAUUUAUUCUUUCCAUAGUGAAGUAGCAUCUGAAAUAACAGAAUACGGACAGUUUCAUUCGCUUGUUUAUCAUUAUUCAUCUUCUUCAAGCUCAGGUUAAAUUGUUAUAAACCGGGCUGACUUACUCUUGUUGCUAUUUAGUCAGUAUAUAGGUUAUUGUGUGCCUAAAAGCUUUGUAUUGAAUAUGGACUGAAAAAAAAAAUCACGUCUACUAAAUACACAAGUCAACAACCACCAGAAUGUCAACUCUUUGUGACAUUUCUUCAUGCAUCAUUGUGGUGAGUCUAGUGGCUAUUUAAACCAAUAUCUUUUCUGUGUGAUGGAAAAGUUCUAUGAAAGUAAGAUGCAUUAUUGUCUGACAACUAUACUGAUGUACUAUUUCCACAAAUGAUCUCAUUCAACUUCAUAUUAGCGAUGGUUGAACAUUGUUAUCCUCUUAUCCUUAUUCCUCUUCUAAUGGUGAAGUUGCACUAGAAAACACAUUUACUCAUUCUUUUUAUUGACUUGGAAAAGUCUUUUCUUUUUCAGUUUCGGGUUUGGGUUUUCUUUAUAUAGUGUCUCCUUUUAUCCUCCUCAGCCAAUGGUUUUCUUGAUUAUUCGUAAGAGAAUAUGGUGAGGUCUCUUGGAAUUUUGUUGCUGAUAAUCAGAACCUUGGCCAUCAUUCAUAUUGUUCAAGCUCAGAGCCAGCAAGGGUUCAUCAGUUUGGACUGUGGGCUACCAGCAAAUGAACCAUCUCCUUAUAAAGAGGAGUCAACAGAGCUACAGUUCUCUUCAGAUGCAACAUUCAUCCAGAGUGGAAAAACUGGUAGAAUUCAUCCAACUCUGGCGAGUAGAUUUCUGAAGCCAUACACCACGCUGAGGUAUUUUCCAGAUGGAACAAGGAAUUGCUACAACCUACGCGUUGAGAAGGGGAGAAAUCAUCUGAUCAGGGCUAGGUUUCUGUAUGGAAACUAUGAUGGCCUUGACAAUAACCCCACGUUUGAUCUGUAUCUUGGACCUAAUCCAUGGGCCACUAUAGAUUUGCAUAAGCUAGUGAAUGGUACACGAGAAGAGAUCAUUCACAUCCCAACAUCAAACAAGUUGCAGGUCUGUCUUGUUAAGACUGGGCCGACUACACCGGUGAUAUCGACCUUGGAAGUACGGCCCAUGGGAAAUGAUUCUUAUAGCACUCAAUCUGGUUCUCUGAAUCUUUUCUUCCGGUUAUAUCUUAGUGAAUCAAAGACUACCCUAAGGUACCCGGACGAUGUGUAUGAUCGCCAAUGGACAGCUUAUUUUUGGAGAGAGUGGACUCAGAUAACCACCACAAGCAAUGUGGGAAACGCCAACGACUAUGAACCACCAAAAGCCGCACUUGCAACUGCAGCCAUACCUACUAAUGCUAGUGAGCCAUUGACGCUUGAAUGGUCUAAUACAGAUAAACCUGAUGACCAAUACUACUUGUAUAGACACUUUGCUGAGAUCCAAGACCUGCGGUCUAAUGAAACCAGAGAAUUCAACAUGGUAUGGAAUGGGGAACUUAUGUCGUCUGACCCUUUAGUUCCAGACGAGUUAAAGAUAACUACCAUCUUAAGCCUGACGCCAAGAACCUGCGCUAAAGGGGAAUGUAGUUUUCAGCUGAAAAGAACCAACAGAUCAACCCUUCCACCUCUACUUAACGCUUUUGAAGUCUACACAGUUAUCCAGUUUCCACAGUCUGAAACAAACGAAAGCGAAGUGGUUGCUAUUAGAAACAUUGAAGCCACUUAUGGAUUGAGUAGAAUCAACUGGCAAGGCGAUCCAUGUGUCCCUUCACAGCUUAUGUGGGACGCUUUAAACUGCAGCCAUGUGGAUAUCUCCACACCACCAAGAAUUACUUCCUUAAACUUGUCAUCAAGUGGUUUAACUGGAAACAUAGCAGCUGCCAUUCAAAACCUUACUCUACUAGAAAAACUGGAUUUGUCGAAUAAUAACUUGACCGGUGAAGUGCCUGAGUUUCUAGGCAACAUGAAACUAUUGUUGGUGAUAAACUUAAGCGGGAAUGAUCUCAAUGGUUCAAUUCCUCAAUCUUUACAAAGGAAAGGACUCGUACUAUCUCUUGAAGGAAAUCCAAGGCUUUUUCCCUCUGGUUCACCCGAAAAAACACAUAAAAGGACCCUUUUAGUGCCAAUUGUUGCAUCUGUUGGUUCUGUAGCUAUCCUCAUUGCCGCAUUGGUUCUUUAUCUUGUUCUCAGAAAGAAAAAGCAGCCUACUGUUGAAGUUGUUCGCCCGCCACCAAGUAGGCCUACUGUGAAUGUAACAAAUGCUAAUUCACCUGAGCCAUCAAUCGAGACGAAAAAGAGAAGGUUUACUUAUUCAGAGGUUAUAAAAAUGACAAACAAUUUCGAAAGAGUCGUAGGGGAAGGAGGAUUUGGUGUUGUCUGUCACGGUACUGUCAAUGGUGAACAGGUAGCUGUUAAGCUACUAUCUCAAUCAUCAACUCAAGGGUACAAAGAGUUCAAAGCGGAGGUUGACCUUCUACUGAGAGUUCACCAUACGAAUUUGGUAAGCCUUGUUGGAUAUUGUGAUGAAGGAGACCAUUUGGCCCUCAUCUAUGAGUUUGUACCUAAUGGAGACUUAAGACAACAUCUAACAGGAAAAGGAGGCAGGUCUGUCGUCAACUGGGGUAUUCGGCUAAGAAUAGCUGUGGAAGCAGCACUAGGUUUGGAGUACUUACACAUUGGAUGCACACCACCAAUGGUUCACAGAGAUGUCAAAACUACAAACAUAUUGUUGGACGAGCAUUACAAGGCCAAACUGGCUGAUUUUGGGCUCUCCAGGUCUUUCCCAGUUGGAGGUGAAUCUCAUGUUUCGACAGUGGUUGCUGGUACUCCUGGUUACCUAGACCCUGAGUAUUACCAUACAGGCCGGUUGGGUGAGAAAAGUGACGUUUACAGUUUCGGCAUUGUGUUAUUGGAAAUGAUCACAAACCAAUCAGUGAUUGAUCGAAACCGCAGAAAUUCUCACAUAACACAAUGGGUUGGGUCUGAGCUCAAGGGAGGAAAUAUUGCAAAUAUCAUGGAUCCAAACCUUCACGGGGAUUAUGAUUCUCGCUCUGCCUGGAGAGCUCUUGAGCUGGCAAUGUCGUGCGCGGAUCCAACUUCAGCAAGACGACCAACGAUGUCUCAUGUUGUUAUAGAACUAAAAGAGUGUCUUGUAUCUGAAAACUCAAGGAGAAAUACGAGUCGACGAACGGAUUCACUGAGCUCCACUGAAGUGAGCAUGACCUUUGAUAGCGGUAUGAUUCCCAGGGCAAGAUAGUGUGUGUCGCACGUAUCACAAAUACAAGAAGCUCUGUGUGUAUUUUGUGUGCUUAUUGGGUUUUUUUCA